AUGGACUUCGACGAGUAUGCAGAAGACUACCUGCGCUACUUACACGGUCUCGAAUCUGACCCAGAACUAUCUAUCGACCUCAGCGGCCUCGAAAGAACAGCAGCACUAUCGGUCCGGAUAAUCGAUCGAUAUCUGGGGAACCUGGAAAAGGGGCCGCAAGGCGACGCCCUUGAAAUUGAAGAUUAUCAAUUAGUGUACACCUCAACUUUUAUUGCUAUCAAACUAAUAGAAGAAGGCCAGAUCAGGGAUCACCUAGUCAAGUUUCAUCAGGAAUUAUCUUUUGUGGAACUUGACGGACUCCGAAGUCGAUGGAAAACAGCUAGGGAUGUGAAAAAGGAUAUCGUGGAAUCCCUGGAGAAUGAAACUCAUGCACAAUCCUUUAUGAGUCUUGCUAUCGAUGACUUCCUCAGGGCAUUCGAUGCUACAAAAGAACGAAAAGAACAUUGGCUUUCCGCGAUUGCGGACCUGAUAGAGUUUUUUGUCGAAUGCUUGUACGAUCGCCCUCCAUGUAAGGAUUUCAUUCCUGACGAAAAAGGAGCCUAUCAAUUCCACAUAGGAGAAGCCAGGCAAGCGAGCAAUUCCCUUCCCCGCGCGUGCCGUUCUUCGUCCGAUCGAACUGUAGAACAAACAAAUGCGGCCCAAAGCUUCGACGAUAUGAAGCCCGUGGGACUGAUUUUGAGAGACGUAUCUCAGAAAUGCGUCAUGGAUUAUUGGUCAGCUCUGGCGAUGCUUUGGAGUCGGCGCCGAAUCGAUAGCGCUGAAUCAACUCGGCGAGCUAAGGAUAAGCGCUUCAAGAAAGAUGUCAAAGAUAAUCUGGCCUAUCAUCGUGCUACUUUCUUAAAGAAGGUCAACUCCUUACAGAAACGCGAGUUGCUGGCUCUAUUAAUUCAAUGGGAAGAUUUCUCGGAAGCAAACAAUUCUGAGAUCGGUAUGGUGAAAACAUGGAAGCUUGAGGGAACAUAUCUUUUGACUGAAGUAUGGCAAGAUAGUUUCGAUUUAGCUUUCAGACCACGCCAUUAUGUUGUGAAGCCCGCUUGGGAGAUAUCACCAUUAAGUAAGGUAGUGGACCCCAUGGCGGGUAAAGCAAGGCUGAUCCCGCCUAUGGCAUUCAAGCAUCGCACGUCACGAGACCAUCGAGCAAGAGCUUCCCAGGGCCCUCUUUGUGUAUUGCCCCGUCUCCAAACGCGAAGUGACGACGGAGCGAGCUUGCGACACGCCCACUGCAGUCGCGAAGAAAAUGCCGCAAUCCGCGUCCGCAAGUCUGGUCGCAGUGGCACAUCCGAUGCUGCACUGAGAGAGUGA